CUAUCUUGUCCUAUCCAAAAUCCUGGGUUACACGCUCACUGUAUCACUGUGUGUUUGCGCUCGUGCUGACUUUGCUUCAUUUUUUCGCUUGAAUUGCAGACAUUUCAGCCCGCGCGCGUGCACGGAGGACGGCGUUCACAUCAUUAUGGUGUUAUCCAUGCAUUAACAGUUUGAGCAAUGCGGUGACCGUGACAAGUUUCGGGGAAAUAACACCUCUCUGGAUUGCUGACCCCCUUCUGCGAAGUCCAAAAUGAACGGCUACGCUGCUCCUACCUACCCCUCGGGAAACUUCAGUAACUCCCAGCUGAAUGGUCACCGAUCUCAGUCACCAGAGCUCCCAGCGCUUGACUCCAGCAAAUCCAGUGCGAAGGCUCUCUACGAGCAGAGAAAGAGCUACAGUAAAAACAGCCUGAACAGCAGCAUGACCGACACGUCGCAGUACCUCGUCGAGCACCUGACCACGUUCAUCAUGGACCGUAAGGACGCCAUGCUCACCAUCGAUGACGGAAUCCGGAAGCUGCGUUUGCUGGACGCUAAAGGGAAGGUGUGGACGCAGGAGAUGCUGCUGCAGGUGGACGAUAAGGCAGUGAGCCUCAUGGAUGCAGACACCAAGAACGAGCUGGAGCACUUUCCUCUGGCCACGGUGCAGCACUGCCAGGCCAUCAUGAACUCCUGCAACUACGACUCCAUCCUGGCUCUGGUGUGUAAGGAGUCUGGACAGGGCAAACCAGACCUGCAUCUCUUCCAGUGUGAUGAUAUCAAGGCAAAUUUGAUCCAAGCAGAUGUUGAGAGUGCCAUCAAUGACCACAAGGGCGGGAAGGCCAAAAAGCGGCCAGAGGUUCUCAAAAUGAUCCGGAAGAGUGAUGGGACUAUUCCACCUCCUCCCGGUGGCCCCGCCCCUGUUCCUCCAGCAGCCACCAGUCAAGGGGCUAUGACCAACAGAGUAGCAGCUUGGUCACACAUGGCCAGUGAUCAUCAGGACUAUGAUAUCCAAAGGCCAUACGGUGAACAGGAUGAAUCUCAGGAGAUGACUGCAGUGCGAAUAGACAGAGACGUGCAAAUCCUGAACCAUAUUCUGGACGAUAUCGAGCACUUUGUCACCAAACUUCAGAAAGCAGCAGAGGCUUUUAACGAACUUUCCAAGAGGAAGAAAUCAAAAAAGAGUAAAAAGAAGGGACCAGGAGAGGGAGUGCUGACUCUCAGAGCAAAGCCACCAGGACAGGACGAGUUUGUCGACUGCUUUCAGAAAUUUAAGCACGCCUUCAACUUGCUGGCAAAGUUGAAAAGCCACAUUCAGAACCCAAGCGCGGAGGAUCUGGUUCAUUUCCUGUUUAAUCCACUCAAAAUGGUGGUUCAUACAUCAGGAGGAGUUGACCUGGCUAAAAGCGUAGUGGUUCCCCUCCUCACCAGAGACGCUAUCGAGUUCCUGCACUCUGCUGGCACUGCUGAAGAGCGCCACCUGUGGGUCACGCUAGGAGAUGGCUGGACUAAAUGCAGGCUGGAGUGGCCUAAGGAUCAUUACUUCCCCCCUCACACCCUGCGGUUCCGGGACGGCUGGGAGCCUCCGCUGCUGGUGAGCCGAGAGCAGGGCCUGACUCAGCUGGCUGAGAGCCUGGCUCAUGCUGACCUCCACAGACCAGAGCAGCAGGUCAAAGUGCCGGAGUUCUCCUCGGCAGACGGGUACGGCUUUACCAGCACCGCCUAUGAACACAUGUACCUCCCGGAUACACAGGCGGCGGUGGCUGCUUUUAAACAGGCUUUCAGCCAGCACGUAGAUAGAAAUUCUGAAGCCUAUGGAAAGCCAAGAAGCCAAGAUGGCCAGCCAAGAAGUUUUGCCAAAUCAAAAUAUGACUUUGUGGCCAGGAAUAACACAGAGCUGUCUGUGGUGAAGGACGAGCUGGUAGAGGUUCUGGAUGACAGGAAACAGUGGUGGAAGGUUCGAAACGGAACUGGACUUACAGGAUACGUGCCAAACAACAUCCUCGAGAUCACCAAGGCUGUGGAUGUGAACGGACGGGGCGAGCCAAUUUACAGCCAUACCAUUCAGAAGCAGAGGACAGACUACGUGCCCAAACCCGGAAUAAUGACCUCCAUCCCUCCAGCUCCGACUCCCCCUCCUCCAGCUCCUGCACUCCCCACCUACUCCCUGCCUCCCAGCGCACCUGCUCCCAUAGAGCAUCACGGAAACUCGCCGUCCAACGUCAGCCGCCAGAGCAGCAGCACCUCCAGUGACAACGGCAGCAUCACUAUGAGGGAGCAGAAAGAGCACAGUGUGACCCCUGCUAAUCGCCGCAAGUCCAACAUGGAGGAGGUCCAGGACGAGCUGGUGCACAGGCUCACCCUCGGUCGCAGUGCUCAGAAGAAGUUCCAGGCUCCUCCACGCAGCUCCACUCUGCCCACCGCUAACAUCAGCUACGACUCCACACCAGAGGAGGUCAAAACCUGGCUCGAGGUUAAAGGCUUCAGUGCUGUGACCGUCAACAGUCUGGGUGUGUUGACUGGAGCUCAGCUCUUCUCCCUCAACAAAGACGAGCUGAAGACCGUGUGUCCAGAUGACGGCGCUCGAGUCUACAGCCAGGUCACCGUACAGAAGGGUGCCCUCGAGAGGAGCUCAGGCUCUGAGCUUCAGGAGAUCAUGAGGAGGAGACAGGAGAAACUAGCAGCAACAACAGCCAGCGACUCAGGAGUGGAGUCCUUUGAUGAGGGGAGCAGCCACUGAACCCCUCGUCCCUCCCUUCUCCUCCUCCUCCUCCUCCUCCUCCUCCUAUCUUGCACUUUUUCAUCUUUUUCACAUUGUCGUUUUUCAGGACGCGGUGGAGUUUGCAGCCAUCAUGCGCCGUCGCCAGGAGCUCCUGGACCCGCCUGACCAAGGAACCGGCUCGGACGCGGAUUAAAGCGGGCGGGGCAGACCGCAAACUCGCCGUGCAUGACGGAAGAAAGACGUAGGACUUUGUAAUAUACUCGCUAGACCAAAAUAAAGUAACACAAUGAAGAUGAUUGUAGGUGGAAUAUAAAUAAAACGAGGCUGAAGAGCACGUAGAGUUAAAAACGUCUUCGGCCCUUAACGUUAUAAAUAUUUAAAAGAAAAUCUAAUUAUUAUUUAAAAAAAAUCUAAAUAAGAAUUUAAAGUCAGAUCAUGGUGUAGUACUGCUGUAAUCUAGUCCGAGGGAAAGAUUUACAGGAUGUGUCGUAACGUGAGAGGUCGAAGACUGAAAGUGAGCAGGACAUGGACGUGACGUCCAGCUGAGACAAAAGGACAUGCUCAGGAUGAACGAGGAAGGAUUUUCGCUGGACUUUGAUACGGACGUGGACUUUUUUUCUUUUCUUUUUUUUUAUUAAUUAAACGAUCAGAUUUAGACCUUCAUUGAACGUGUUUGUAUAGUGGGCUGUUGUAAAGCAUCCGGAACUUUCCUCUACUAUCACACACACACACUCACACACACACACACACACAUGGUGGAAUCGUUACGGAAAACUACAGAAAUAGUCAUGUGCAAUGUGAUGGAGGACAAGUGUACAUUUAUGUCUGUUGGAAAAAGAGGAUAUUUAUGUGUUUGAUAAUUUUCUAUUUAAACCUAAUGCCAAAUGAGUAACUUUAUACACCACUCACCAUCCAGGAGAAAGAGAAGAAGAAGAAGAAGAAGAAGCCGUGGCCACAUUAGAACAUGUUCCUGUCCUUCUGCCGUGUCCCGUCUCCCGUCUCAUGCUGUAGAUACGUUUUCAGGGAUAUUUUUUUGUACUAGAAUCUACAACGCUGUCUGUUUAAGGUUACGGUUAAAACUCCUGCAUGCAGAAUCAUUACUGUAUUGAAGAAAACGCUUUUGGAUACAGUGGCAAUAUUUGGACAGGAUGGUUUUGUACUCAUAUUAUUAUUUUUCUUUUGCAUACAAUCAUGAUGUUUGAUUUGCGAAAUGUUUACUAUUAACAUUCAGUUUGUUUUCGAUUUGAUGGAGUCUGAAUAUCUCUCUGAACACUUGACGGUCAGAAGGACACUAAACGUGGUACAAUGUUUUCUCUUUUACGGAUUUCUUAGUGCCAUGAUCAUAUAGGAAGAUGUUUAAAGAGCAGUAAUAGUGAAUAGUGAAAGCUUCUUUCAUUAGCUCUGUUCUAAGCCAUUUAUUUACUCGAUAGGUGAUCCACACUUCCUCUACGCUACAAUCAUUUCACGGAUGAAGGCCGGCCAUUGUUUUGUUUUUUUUGUGUUUUUUUAUGAUUAAUAACUAGCACUUAAAUGGAAGGAUCUUCAUUAAGAAGAAAUAAACUGAUAAAGAGCUACAGAAUAAAGAAAUCUAUAUGAAA